AUGAAACGUUCUCCUGAGAAAAAAAUAGAAGACGCAAACGCUGUUUCGAUGAAAGACUUGGAAACAGGCAAUCCGAAAUUAGAAAAGAAGAAAAAUAAAGACGAUGGAUAUCCAAGAAAACCUGGCAGGCCGUAUCCAGGUUUCAGAAGAAACUUUUAUGAUUAUUUUGCGGAAUACUCCAACAACACUGGUAUUCACGGCUUCAAGUAUAUGGGUGACCAGGAAAUGACUAUUAUUGAAAGGUUAUGGUGGUUAAUACUUUUCUGCAUCUCCUUAUACAUUUGUAUAAACCUUAUAAUACAAACUUGGAUCAAAUGGGAUACUUCACCUGUACUGGUGAGUUUUGCUCGGAGCCCAACUCCUGUAUGGCAAGUGCCUUUUCCAGCUGUAACAGUUUGUUCUGAAACAAAAUCAAGACAGACAGUUUACAACUUUACAGACUAUUAUCACAAAAUGGUUUCCGAAAAUAACAGCAUGACCGAAUCAGACAAAAAGAAGUUUGCUGAUUUGGCCUUAGUUUGCGAAAAUCAUGUUUUCCACGAAGGCAACGUGACUACAAACUAUGACACUAUUGAUUUUUUGAUGGGCAUAGCUCCACAAUUCGAUGAAAUGCUUUGGACAUGUAAAUAUACCCUUCUGAACGGUUCCUGUCAUGACUUCUUCACACCUAUUUUAACUGAAGAAGGGCUUUGCUACACCUUCAACAUGCUUGACAGAACUGAAUUAUUGAAAAAUAACGUAUUUUUACCUGGAGACUACAUGUCCCACGGAAGAAAAUCCGAAGGCUGGAAUUUAGAAAAAGGAUAUCCAAAGGACGCACCUAUUAACACUUAUCCUAGACGAGCCAUGUCUGCAGGAUUUUCAUCAGGGUUUUUAUUAUUGAUGAGAGCUUAUCGACAAGAUUUGGAUUUCAUUUGUAGAGGACCUGUACAAGGAUUCAAAAUUCUUCUCCAUAAUCCUGCUGAAACACCCCGAGUAGGCAUGCAAUAUUUCCGCGCUCCUCUAAAUCAAGAAGUGGUAGUAGCAGUGAAACCAGACAUGAUGACCACUUCUGAUGGAUUAAAAAGCUAUGAUCCACACAGAAGACAAUGCUAUUUUCCCAUAGAACGACAAUUAGCCUUUUUCCAAAGCUACACGCAACAAAAUUGUGAAGUUGAAUGUCUCACCAAUUAUACUAGAACCAAAUGUGGCUGUGUUGCUUACCAUAUGCCACAUGAAGAAGGUACUGCAGUUUGUGGCGCAGGCAGUAUUGUUUGCAUGUUUGAAGCUCAAAAUGAGUUGCUACGUAGAACAGUCCAAACAGGUCUGAAGCGUGAUGAAUCAGGAGAAACCAUAAAUUCCUCAGAUUGUGAUUGUCUGCCUGGAUGCACUUCAUUAGUUUACAAUGCCGAAACUUCUCAAGCCGAUUUCAUGUGGCAGAAUCUCUUCCAAGCCUACAAAGCAAACAUGAGCGAAUUUCCAGGCGUUAUGAUGACUCGGAUUAAUAUUUUUUUUAAGGAGCAACAGUUCAUUACGUCCGAAAGGAACGAGUUGUAUGGUCAAGUAGAUUUUCUCGCCAAUUGCGGAGGCAUUUUAGGGUUGUUCACUGGAUUUUCGUUUUUGUCCAUCGUCGAAGUUAUUUACUUUUUGUCUUUGAAGCUUAUGUGUAACGUGAAGAAAUAUGGCAGGCAUUAUUGGUCAGCUUCUCCUCGUUUGCUUAACGACGAUUUGUAUAUUCACAAAAAAUAA